AAUUAAGAAACUUUCCCUGUUUUCAGAUUGAAAGAACUUGAACAGCAGAUUUUUGUGAAAGUGAGAACAUGGGUUCAAUUGCAAAGAAUGGGUUGAGACAGUACUUGAUACAGCUCCGGCAACAUCCUUUGAGAACAAAGGCAAUAACUGCUGGAGUGCUAUCAGCAAUCAGUGACAUAAUAGCUCAGAAACUCACUGGCAUACAGAAACUUCAAUUGAGAAGGCUACUUCUGAAAGUGGUUUUUGGAUUUGCAUAUCUUGGACCAUUUGGACAUUUUUUGCAUCUAGUAUUGGAUAAAAUAUUCAAAGGGAAGAAGGAUACAAAAACAGUUGCCAAGAAGGUGGUAUUGGAACAAUUGACAUCUUCUCCUUUGAACAACCUUCUUUUCAUGAUUUACUAUGGAGCUGUUAUUGAGGGGAGACCUUGGAUGCAUGUGAAAACUAAGAUCAAGAAGGAGUAUCCGAAAGUUCAAUAUACAGCAUGGACGUUCUGGCCAGUUGUGGGUUGGGUAAAUCAUCAGUAUGUGCCUCUGCAGUUCCGUGUCAUUUUCCACAGUGCUGUAGCGAUGUGCUGGGGGAUAUUUCUGAAUCUACGAGCAAGGUCUAUGGCAUUGCCGAAAGCAAAAUGACAAGGAAAGCAUCAAUAUGUCUCACAUGAUUAAUAUGUAGUUCAGAGGAUCUUUUAAACAACCACAUUAGUUCAAGUGCUCAAUCUCUUUCAUAUGUAUUCUGAAUAUGAAAGCUUCUCCAUUGAGUUAUUCUUAACUUCUUACUCCCUUUGCUGGAGAACACCUUA